GCUCAUGUUCUUUCUUUUUUAAUGAAUAAUUGGAUGGUGUAGAAUCUAAAUGUCUUCAAAAAUGUGAUCUAAAAAUAGAACAAAAAUGUUUGCUCCAGCGCAGAAAAAAACCCUCCAGCUAUAUUUUUCUUUGAGUUACUUUCACUUUAAAAUUGUUGUCAGCCUCCUUUUUUCAUUUAACAGAAAGUAUGACUUGUUUUUUGUGUUUUUGUUUUUUGUGUUACUGUGUGCCGAGUUGAACCUUAUUCUCUAUUAUUCCACGUGUCUAUGUCAGGAAGAAUAAAUCUCAAAACAGGAAAGCAUCAAGAUGGCGAGCGGUGAAGACACAGCUGCCCCUCCAUUCAAUGGCAAUGCUGACCAGACCGAUGAGGAAGACUCAAGUGAAGAAGAAACAGAGGAACAAACUGUAGAAGCUUUACAAGAACAGCUUCGUGAAAAAGAUAGAGAGAUCCAGGUGUUGAGAGAGAUGCUCUCAAGGUCACAUGUAGGUCAAAACCAUGACCCCUCACAACCAGAAGAGAGGGCUCAGAAUGACAUCGUCAUCCUCAUUGACUCCAAUGGAAAAUUUAUACGUGAGAAGAAACUUUUCCCCAGGGACAAAGUGGCUAAAUUUGAUUGUCCAAACACUCAAAAAGCCAUUGAGCUUCUGUCAGAGGAGCAUCUGGGAACUCCAACUCACAUCAUCAUCCACACUGGCUCCAGUCAGCUGAGGCAAGAGCAGGACACACUGUCAGAAUCUCUCACAGGAGUCAUAGAGAAAGCUUCCAACACUUUCCCCGAGAGCAGAGUGGUCAUGUCAGCCCUACUUCCAAUGAAAAACAUGCACUGUGACACCAUCAACAAGAUCAACAGCAGACUAGAAAAAGAAUGUGAGAAGCUACCCAAUGUCCACUUCGCCAAACACCCUACCAUAAACAUAAAUUGUCUUUAUGAUAAAGUCCAUCUGUUGAAAGACAAAGUCCGCAUUUUUGCCCGGACACUAAAAGAUGUGGCUCUCGACAGAUACCCAUCCACAUACUAAACAACUGUACCAGGAAGAAGCAGCUCAACAUAUAUUCAACAACAAUAAACAUGUAAUUUUAAUUGUAAUUGUUCCCAAAACCUAGUUUUAGUUUGCUAUAACAACCUUGGUACAGAGUUAUUCAAACCAACUUUGUAAUCACGAGAAAUUUUAAUAGUGAACUUCUCCAUUUGUGAGUCUGUGUCUGUGAAGAAAUAAAUUGUAUUUUUGUUCCAUAUUUAAGUUUAUCUGCUUAAAAUCUUGUUGUUUUUUUGUCUUACCAUAGCUGUUUAAUAUGUGCUCAGAAAUGGUGUUAAUCUGAUUGUGAUGAGACAAAAUAUUAUACAGAUUGUGAACUGACAGCAUCCACAUGCCAGCCAUAGGAGACAGACUUCUGUAAAAAUCCACCAAUAACAAAGUCCAGGGGAAAAAAAAGGAGAUUCCUCCAGGAAGUUUAAAAAGGGGCGCACGACAGAUGCCACAACAACAACAACAGAGACAUACUAAGGCUGUAAACACAACAACACGUGAGAGACGAGAUUCAGACUAAUUAUCAGCAGCUGGAAACAAUCAGGUGAAUGACAGACAUGAAGUAAAGUAACACAAGAUAUCACAGAAAACUAACCUACAGAGUAAAACAGGAAACAACCUGAGAAGAACACUAACCUGAAUACUUGACACUUGAUAAUAAACCAAAUUAAAAGACUCAAAGAAAAGAUUAAACAUUAUACAAAGCACAUCUCAGAGGUUAAAGGUAACGGAAGCAAACACAAGAAACCAAAUCUAAUUAACAAACAACAACUAACUGGACUCCCAAAGAAAGAAGAAUUAAGAAACACGACUGAUGACUAAAAGCAAAAAAAAAUAAAAAUAAAUAAAUACAUUAAAUAAAAAAGAACCUUAGAAGCUCAUAAACCCUGGGUCCAAGAUCCAGGACCAUGAAAACAUUACUCUUUUUAGUUCUUGUUUUUUUUAAUAUGACAUUUUCAGCUCAGUUCUUGUUUCAUUUUGGACUUUAGGUUUGAACACUGAGCUGUCCCACUUCCUUUAAAAUAUGUUUUUAAU